ACACUAUCGAAUAUGUGCGCAACGGCGCUAAGAGUCUGUGAAGGCCGUUCCUACUGACUUAUGUUUAAGGAGGUUAAGCCUGAAGUAACUGAUUUUAUCGAACAAAGUAGGAAGCAGAGAAAUGAGCGGCGCGAUGCUAAAGCUAGAGCGCUAUCUGCUGUAAUCAUUCAAAAAAAUUGGAGAAGUUUCUUAGUCAGGAGAAAUGUCAUUCGAGGCUUUCGCUCGGAGUUUGACUUCAAGAUACUCGAAGGAAAUGGUGUCAAAUUGACUCAGUUGAUUCCUGCCACUGAACUUUUGAGGUAUGUAAAGUAUCUAAAGUUCCAUUAUAACUCGAAACUGGAUUAUGAACGUUUUUUAGUUCUUAUUCGAUAUCUAGUGAACUCUGUGGAUACCGGAGACUUUAAAGUUUCUUAUGUAUCUCUUGCGCUAAGGAAACCUACACUGGUCGAUUGGAUAAUUACAACAAAAUGGUUGUUCUCUACGGUUGUCGAAUAUAUGGGUUCUUUAGAUCCAUCCAUUCCUAGUGAUUCCAAGGUCUUGAACAUAUUUCUGUCAUUCUUACUGAUACAUACCAACUGUUGCCAGUGGUCGAUGAUACAAGAUGAAAAACUGAAGCCUGCGAUGAGCCGAUUGGCUACAACGUUUCUCCAGCAUCUUGUGCAAAAGAGUUUAUUUGAACAUUUAAAUGCUGUUUUGCAAAAAGGUUUGGCUAGACACACUCCUGCAUUAACAAAAGUAUCUUUGACUGGUAUAUUUACCAUUGCUAUGAGACCCUUGAUAUAUGAAAAGUUCCCUCAGAAGCUUGUUAUUUCAUUUACAAGAAAUAUCUUAACCGUACCUGGAUUUAUACUGCAUAUAAAUUCCAUGAUGAAUGAAGCGUAUGAUAUUAUAGUGAACGAGAGAUUGUGCUCCAAAAUCAUCAUGACAUUAUACGAUAGUUCAGAAGAGUUCAAUAUUCUAUUAUCUAAGCUAGAUGGAUCAUAUGUUUUAUGCUUGAUUGCAAAUCUUAUCCAACUCAGUCUGUUAGAAACUGAUAUCUUGGCCUCUCAUUGUACAGAAUUUUGUGUUGUUUUAUCCAAAUCUAUGCAUUAUUUGGGUACUUAUGUUGGUAGUAAAAAGUCUAAUCUUUGCAGUUGGCAUCCAAUUUUGGGGUGGUUCGCCCAAUCACUAGAUAAUUCCUUACAAUCAGCCAUGUCCUUUGUAACAAGUCAGUUAAGACUACUCUGGAAUGGUCGGAUGGUUCGUUUAUUAUUUGCCGAUCUGUAUGCGCAAGCUGAGCUAAACUUACCUGAGUUAAGUAAAUCGGACGGCCGUUCAUCUAGCACAGGUCAUCAUUCUAUGAAUACAACUUGUACAAGUCAACAUGGACCUGGUGCACCUUCUAAAGCAGAAAAACUUGCUGUGUUAGGGUUAUUGCCACCUAUUUCACGGAUGGGCGGUAGUAGAUCGGCUGGCUCUGAUGUUGAUGGUUAUGGGCAUCGUGUACGUCAUGGUCUUUCAAAUUUUCUACGUCAGAUAUCCAAUUCUUCAGCAUAUCGUGCUAGAUUUCGAAAUAAGAAAGAAAUAACUAAUAAUUACAUUCCAAAUCUUUCCACUGGACGUUCAGAUAGCCCCGGACCAAGUGAUUUACCGAAAUCCUUAAAAGCUGUGUGUAUGCUUUAUUGUUUUACUUCUGGAAGUUUGAAAGAAAUUAGAAGCGCUAUAUUGGCAGGUUUAUCAUUAGGUGAUUUAUUACCUCGUAUGUGGCGUUUAAUUUCUUGCUGUGGAUCUGUACGUGAUUGGGCUCAUGUGAUUAUGAAUUCACAAUCAGUUCACCAUUUAGAACCACAUGAAUCUCAUUUGAUGCAAAUAUUUGCUUCAGCUACAAGCAAUUUGUUGAGUAUAUUAGAUGAUGCUGAGUUAUUUGAAUUGAAAAAAUCGUUUACAAUUGAUGAAUUAUGUUCAAUGGGUUCAUUUUUUAAUCAUUUAAUUUAUGAAUCAGUCAUUAUGGUACCAGAUCCAAAUCAACUGAAAUUAUGGAGUCCGUCUUGUAAAGAUGAUAAUAAAUUGAAUAAAACCAAUGAAUCAGUUGCAAUGCAUGAUAAAAAUAAUAAGUCUGCUGUUCAAUCAAACAGUUCAUCUACUGUUAUGCCUAAUUUAUUUACAAUUUGUUUACGUUUAUUAUCUGUAAUCUAUGAACGUGAUAGUAGACAUUUAUUUACACCACCGGAUUUUUGGUUAAUAUCAAAUCUCAAAGUUUCGGCUUUUCUAGCAGAUCUACGGAAACCGAAACCACAUGCGACGUUUCUACUCAAGCAUAUCCCGCAUAUCAUUCCGCACAAAGAACGUGUUAUUCUUUUUCGAGAUUUUGUACGCGAAGACAAAGCAUCACUGGGGAUACAUACUCGUACAAAUUGGCUUACAGAUGAUGGUCCAGUUGGUGCUGUCAUAACAGUUCAUAGAAAUCGUAUUGUUGAAGACGGUUAUCAGCAGUUGGCAAAUUUAACUUCGUCUCAGUUACGUAUGAAGAUACGUGUACAGUUUGUAAACGAAAUGGGUUUAGAUGAAGUUGGUAUUGAUUUAGACGGUGUGUUUAAAGAAUUCUUAGAAGAAACUCUUCGUCGUGUAUUCGACCCUAGUUUAAAUUUAUUUCGUGUGACUAAUGACCAGCGUUUAUAUCCGUCACCUACUUCACAUUUACAAGAAAGUCAUUUACAGCUCUUCGAAUUUUUGGGUAAAAUGCUUGCCAAAGCUGUUUAUGAGUGUAUUGUUGUGGAUGUACCAUUUGCAAAUUUCUUUUUAACUCAAUUACUUGGUCGUGAAAAAGCUGGAUGUUACAGUUUUCUUGAUGAAUUAGCCACAUUAGAUAAAGAAUUAUACAAAAGUUUAAGUUAUAUUAAACAUUAUGAUGGAGAUGUUUCCGAUCUGGAAUUCACUUAUUCUUAUGCUGAAGAUUGUCUAGGUCAAGUGAUUAUACAUGAUCUCUGUCCUGGUGGCCGUCAAAUUUCUGUAACGAAUGAUGUCAAAAUAAGUUACGUUCAUAGCGUUGCUCACUUUCGAAUGUAUAAACAAAUUAGAGCACAGACUGCUUCUUUUAUACGGGGAUUUUAUUCUAUACUAAAUCCUGAUUGGUUGGCUAUGUUUUCUCCAUCAGAAUUACAAACACUUAUCUCAGGUGAUAGUAGUUCAAUGGAUAUUGAUGAUUUAAAACAACAUACACGUUAUUCUGGUGGAUUUCACAGUAAUCAUCGUGUAAUUCGGUGGUUAUGGGAUAUUCUAAGGCGUGAUUUCGACGAUAGAGAACGUAGUUUAUUUUUGAAGUUUGUCACCAGUUGUUCUAGACCACCUCUUUUGGGGUUCGCUAAUCUUGAACCACCAUUUUGUAUACGUUGUGUACAUUAUACUAAUGAAGAUCAAGAUGUCGGUGAUACUCUAGGAUCUGUACUGAAAGGAUUUCUGGGGGUAGUUGGUCGCCGUGAAGAAGUAUCUCGCCUACCAACUGCGUCUACUUGUUUUAAUCUUUUAAAAUUACCUAACUACUCGUCUCGUAGUGCAUUGAAAGAAAAGUUAAGAUAUGCCAUAAAUAGUCAUGCUGGAUUUGAACUAUCGUAGCGGAGAAAUUUCUUGACAAGCUACAAAUAAUAUGUACUUAUUAUUUUUAUGAUGAAACGCUGUAAAUAUAUACUAUGUUUAAUAUUUUCAUCUCAUUUGGUCAAUUAUUUGAUGAUCAACAUAUUUUUUGUCUAAUUUCACUUCGUUCUUUCUAAUUUGAGUUAUUCACAUUUUCAAUUCAUGGUGAUUAUUCACCAGUGCCAUUGGACAAUUAUAUUAUAAUACUAUGAUAUGUUUGCUAGUACGUUUAAAUGACUGCAGUGAUUGUAGACAGAGGCUUUGAUCUUGUCAUUCUGAUAACCGCCAAAAAGUGCUCUUUUCUCAUUGUUUUUAUUCUUCUCUAUUCCCAAAUAUAAUGAUAGAAUUGCCAUUUAAUUUACGACAUUAGUUUCAUUCCUUGGUGCUUUGUUGUCCCCAGCGGGAAACAUCACUCAGUUAUCUAACAAGUACUUAAAAACACGCUGUCAAAAAGAAAUGGUAGUCAUAUUUC